UGUUAGCGCGGGUGGGGUCGUAAGCAGAGAUUUGUUAGCGAAUUAACGAAACUGAGAUUCGUCUGUGAUUUAUCUAUCUACCUAUCUAGGGUUUACGAAUUGGGAUUCCUAUCUUUCUUCCGUGUUGCAGCAGCAGAAUGUCGACGGAAUGCGAUACCUCUUCUUUGUUCGGCGUCAUCCGUCCUCCUCCUCCUCCGGAAAACCUUGAAGAAAGAGGGAAGCGCCCAAAAUCGGAACCAGAAGCCGAACCGGAACCAGAAGAGAAGCAGAAACCUAAAUGGAAGCCUAGAGAGAAAGCGGCUUGGGAAUUGAAAGCAUUAAAAGAUCUUACGUUAAGUGAUUUCUCCAUGUAUGAUGAAGAUGUUGAGCCAUUUAUGUUUGGUUGUGCUAAAUUUGUGUAUAAGAACAAGGCAAUGAUUAACCAAGAGAAGGAGAUUAAAGAUGCUAUGGCUGAUCAUGUAAAGCGAUCUCGCAACCUAUCUCCCUUCGAUGCUAUCACCCCUCCAAAAGUAACAACUAAAUUCGGAAUAUGCUGGCCUGCAGUACCGCUUAACAUGACUGAUGAUCUUCGCCUUGAACUCACUCCGCUAUGCAAUGCUGCUUUAGACAAGUUCAAUGCUGAUAAUCAGGAUACAAAUUAUGUUUUUGUUGAUGUUGUCAAGACAACAUGGAGACCUGGUGGUGUCUAUUACAUUACCUUUCAAGCACAAAAUGAUUCUCCCAACUGCCCUGUAGACACUUUCCAGGCAAGGGUAGUAAAAAUGAGGACUGGGCCACAUGCAGUCACGUCGUGUUCCAUUAAAAUCUAGCACACGCCGCACCAUGGAAAUCAUAUCCACUGCAUCCAUCUGCUGUGAACAUAACAUGGUUUUGGUUGUGUUAGAAACAUGGAGUGAAAUCAAGGCUGGAGAAAGUAGUUAAUUAAAUGUGACGGUAUUAAUGUAUAUGCUAUAUUUGCUAGAACAUUUUUGGAUUUUAACAGCGUGUUGUGUCAUACUGUGUGUAGAUGCUAAUGUUACUCGCAAUUCGCAAACUUUGGUUACCUAUUAAAGUAACUAUUAUUAUCAUUAUUUUUUAAAGCUGAAA